AUUUGCAGUGUGCAGUGACUGCAGUCAGCACGGGAGUCGGCGCAUGCGUGCAGCGCAUAACUCCCUGGAUUCUUCUUACUUCCGUUUCCCCGCAGUCCACCCCUCCUUCCAACCCUGGGUCCUCUUCCCAUUUGUAAAAGAUCUAUCUUCCUGUUUCCUAUUAUCUACCCUUUAUUUCGCUCUUUUUUUUAAGAGGAGGGAAGGUCCAUUUGGGUUCACAUUUAGAGUCCAAGGGCAGCACAGCAGGGACCCGUGUCAGGGCAGCGGGAAGCAGAGAGUCACUGGGGCCCUGGCCGAGGACCGCCGACUUCCUGCUCAGGGUGCCGUGAGGGAGCAAAACACAGACGAGAGAUCUGUUUGCCUUACGAGGGGCCCGGGAUGGGCAGAGCCGAAGAAGGACUAAGACACGAGGCACGGUGUCCUGGCUUUAUUAAGUGCACAGCUGGAUUGGAGGGUGCUGGUGGCUGCAGGAAGCGGUGGGGGUGAACUGCUGACGCGGUGUUGCAGGUGGGGGCACGAGGACAUGGGCGCCGAAACUGAGCUGCUGUGGCCAGGGGCAGCGCUGCUGCUGCUGCUGGGGGCUGUGGCCGGGCUGUGUGUACGCUGCUCCCGCCCAGGGGCGAAGAGGACGGAGAAAAUCUACGAGCAGAAGAACCUGCGCGGGAGUCAGCAGAGCUUCUCAGUGGCUGCUCGGACCUAUUCCUCGGUCGGGCAGGCAUGGCUCGGACCCCAGAUGGACACGGCCCCCGACGCAGCCCCCACAGGGAAGGACAAGCUGCUGCGGUUCUCCACCCUGCUGGAGGAAUCUGCAUCCUCCAGGUACCAGAACUUCAGCAAAGGGAGCAGACCCGAAUCUGACGCCUACAUAGACCCCAUCGCCGUGGACUAUUACAACUGGGGGUGCUCCCGGAAGCCCCCGGAAGAUGAGGACGACACCAACUCCUACGAGAACGUGCUCAUCUGCCAGCCUCGGGUCAGGCACACAGAGUUGGGCGGGGAGGACUCCGAGGACUAUCAGAACUCCGCAUCCAUCCACCAGUGGCACGAGUCCACGCGAGCCUGGGAACCAGCCCCCAGAGCACCCGGGAGCCCAGUCGAGGACGAUGGGGAGCCGGACUACGUGAACGGGGAUGUGGCAGCCAGGGAAGCCUAGGGGACAGUGGAACUGAGGAGCCAACGCCAGGCCCCAGGGAACCACCGGACUCGUGGACAGCUCUGCUGCACCCAGCGCGCUCACCUCUUCGGCCCUGCGGGGUUACUCCCGGAAGAGGCCUGGCGCUGGGACCACCUGGCUGACCGUGGGACAGCCUGGCAGACACUCAGACGUGGCAUCGCCACAGCUGCACCCUCUGCCCCGGCCUGGGCUUCCCUGGGGCAGGACAGGUGCCUGUGUCACCUGGCCUCCGCCAUGACAGGACACCCAGGAUUCAGGGCAAGCUGCAUCUCCCAACCUGUCCUGUAAAAUGCUGUCCAACACGGAUCUCCUGUCUGUC